AUGGGCGAACGAGGACCAGGUGUAGGAUUUGAGUUCCCGACCUUCGAGGUCGCAUGGAAGAAGAGAGAUCUACUCCUCUUCGCGGCUAGCAUUGGUGCAACAUACCCCGACGAGCUGCAUUUCCUCUAUGAACUUAAUCCUAACUUCGCUGCAUUUCCGACCUACCCGAUCAUCCUCCCGUUCAAGCACACCGACUCCGAAGUUAUUGACUUCUAUGCGCGCUCGGACAGUACGCCUAUCGCAGGCGUACCUAAAUUCGACACAAAGCAUGUGCUCGAUGGUGAGCGUAAGCUCCAAUUCCUGAAGCCCAUUCCAGUGACCAGUGAGGGCCGCAAGUUCGAGGUCAGGAGCAAAGUUUUAGGCGUAUACGAUAAGGGAAAGCCGGGCACCGUGGUGGAGACGGAGAAGGUGCUUGUGGACGCACAGUCCGGCGAGGUGUAUACCAGAGAAGUCGGUAGUGGAUUCUACGUCGGACAGGGUGGCUGGGGGGGACCCAAGGGACCGAAGUCCGUGAACUUUCCCCCGCCAGCGAACACCCCACCCACCGCAACUCGCAUCACACAAACCACGCUCGAAACUGCACUCCUCUACCGCCUCAACGGCGACUACAACCCUCUCCAUGCGACCCCCGAGCCAGGCUUAAAAAUGGGCUUCGGCGGACCAAUCAUUCAUGGUCUCUUCAGCUGGAAUAUGGCGUCGCAUGCUAUCUUGCAGCAGUUUGGCAAGUCAAAGCCCGAGCAUCUGAAGGAGUUCCAAGCGCGGUUCGCAGCGCCGGUCAAGCCAGGGGACAAGCUAAUCACGGAAAUGUGGCAGACCGGUGAGAAGGAGGGUGGGUUUGAGGAGAUUAGGUUUAUUGUCAGAGUUGAGGGAGGCAAGACUGUCUUGACGAACGGAAGGGCGCUGGUGAAGGUUGCGGAAGUGAAGGCUAAAUUAUAG